UGAACAUUUAAACCUCAACCUUCUACCACGAAACUCAGAUCUAGCGAUAUUCCGAUGGCUAUUCAAGACAGAUCGCAAACAUUACAGGCACCGGUGACGAUCCAAGUAAGCGACCGAGCCGGUUGGCUGGGAGCGCUGAGGGCUCAACGGCCCGUCCUCGUCCACCUAAAUGCCGACACCACAUGGCUCAUUCAGUUGCCAUAUCCCCCGUCACUGGCCCCGCCUCCCGGUCGAAAGCACUUCAAUGUCCUCAUCGACCCGUGGUUGCAGGGGCCGCAAUCCGACGUCGCGUCAUGGUUUUCUACACAGUGGCACGUUGUCGAAUCCAGCUUGAAGACCAUGGACCAACUCAACUCGAUUCUCGCCGGGUUUGAAGCCGACUCAGACAAGCCAAAAGUCACUGAUAAGUCAUACAUCGACGUCGUCGUCAUUUCGCACGAAUUCACCGAUCAUUGUCACCAGAUGACGCUCGAAGAGCUCCCCAAGUCAACGCCAGUGUUUGCUACCGAUAAAGCUGCUGACCUCAUCAAGUCAUGGGGUCACUUUUCUUCCGUCACCACCACUCCUGCAUUCUCCUCCGAAACCAAAGAUUGGAAGUCUGAUCUGAGUAUUUCCGGCAUUCCCCCUUGGGUCGGCAUUGGGCGUGUCAUCACCGAAGGGAACGCGUUGUAUUACCACUCAGCAAUUAUGAUCGUCUUUGACACGGCAAACCCGGAGACAAUUUUAUACUCCCCUCAUGGUAUACAAGCAGCAGACCUGGAAUGCGUCCGCAAUUCCGGGCUCUCAACAUUGGCUUUACUUCAUGGUCUUCAUGAUGUACGAAUUUGGAUGACGAAACAAUUAAACUUGGGAGCUCUGAAUGGCAUUCAAGCUGUCGCAGAGACUGGAGCUCGGUACUGGGUUGCGACACACGACGAAGCCAAGAAGGGUGGCGGGCUCAUCGCUCCUUUACUUUUGCGUACGCGGUAUACCCUUCAACAGGCUGUCGAAGCUGAAGAAGCAAGAAUGCAGGGUAAAGUGCCAGAUUAUGAUUUCGUUGAGCUUGGUUCGGGGGAUGGAUUGGUUCUGCAGUAGGUAAGCUGCGAUUGGAUGCCCUAUCAUCGGAAUACAGGUGAUUUGCUCUCGGGGUACGGCACAACCCGACUACUUUUGCCAGGUCGACAUAAGUUCAUGUUGAAUUAUGGAGUUGUGAAUUCCAGAUCGAGACAAGGGCUAUUUCCUUACUGCAUUGUACUUAGUAGGUAACUUAGUUCGGUAGCAUCGCGUCGAAACUUAGCAAAUAAGACGGAA